AUGGAGAUUCCUGUCGCCGGAGUUGCCAAUUCAUACUCGCCUGUUCCAUCUCUGUUCAAUGGUAAAUACACCAAAAUCAACUCGUGUUUGUUACCGCCAUCUCGGAUGGAUCGAUCAUGGUCUUCGCCAAUCAGACAGAAGAGGAAGGAGGGAGUGAAUUGCACAAAAGGGGCUUCUGUUUCUUUUCCAGAAGAAAAGCAGCAGCAGCACUUUGGAGAUGAAGAUGAUGAUGAGACGACGACAAUAACAGAGGAAGAGGUGAUGAGUCUGGGGAAAUUGGGAGAUAAGUGUAACGAGGUAAGUGGUGGGAUUGCUGAGCUGUUGGAGUGCUUGGAAAGCGAAGCCAUCAUGGGUGAUGAUCAAGGUAAACAGCCUACUGAUUACAAUCGGCGAGCCCAGAUUUUCGACAAAAGUUCCAGAGUUUUCCAGUCUCUCAAACAGAAUGCCAGCUCUUCUGCUGAUUAG